GAGCGUCAGGAGCGUCAGAUGGCGCAUGGGGUUGAGCCAAACAGGGAUGUGUUCAUGGGUUAUGGGAGCCUGGUGUACGCCCUUGUAGGCGUGCAUAUCAUCGCUUUCCUCACCUGGGUCGUCCUACUCGUCUGGACUCCACCAAAGAAGGCCCAAGAGCACAAGGAGUGA